AUGAAAGUCAUUGCGCUCACUGCAGCUGUCUUUGCGACAGCUGUCUCAGCUCAAAACCUUACCUCCUGCGCCCAAAUGUGCUACAAUAAUGUCGUCGGUCUGGCUUCUUCCCUGGGAUGCCAGGCCAACGACCUCUCUUGCCUGUGCGCGAACCAGGACUUCAGCUACGGUAUUCACGAUUGCACGGUGGAGGCUUGCCCCAAUGUUAAUGUACAAGAUGUGGAGUCGUAUGCUUCGUCCAUUUGCGCUUCAGCUACAGCAGCUUCGGGGUCCGGAUCUUCAAUUGUACCUACAUCAACUACGGGAACACACGAUAUUACUUCAGGCACAGGGACGAGUGCAACGGCAACUGGUGCCACUUCGACACCAUACACCACAGAGGCUGUUUUGACAACCUUCACCUCAGGGUCUAGCGUCAUCACUAGCACUGUCGGAAGUACCACCUUAUAUAGUUCUGCUUCUAGCACGGCUACCAAUUCAUCUAGCGCUACAUCAAGUGCAUAUACAACCGAGGCAGUGGAGACGACUGUCACUUCCGGCUCUGAGGUAUCCACGAGCACAGUCGGCAGUACUACGCUAUACACCUCUGUGAGCGGAUUGAAUUCGGGCGGUACCUCUACGACCGGAUCUACAACUGGCACGGAAACUACAGGAACUACGACAGGCGCUGGCGGUUCGUCUGCGUCAUCUGGAUCCGGUGCCAGUGCGAGCAGCACUUCCUCUCAUGCGGCCGCUCAUCCAAUGGCCACCAUUGGCAGUGGUGUCGCUGGGGCAAUUGGUCUCGCUGCUCUUCUCGUACUGUAG